AAAAAAUUAAUAAAAUUAAUAAAUAUAAUUGAAAGAUGAUGAUUCUUCAAUUUCUCAUGUUCAGUGUGUCUCCUUUGAAAAGUGAGUACGAACAAUCCGACACAUUUCAUGAAAUCGCCGACGUGUUUGUUCCGACCAAUUUAAUAUUUACCAUUUUGAUUCAAUGGGCCUAAAACUAAACCCAAUUUAAUUUUAAACCCCAAUACCUUUUUUUAUUUUGGGCAAAAAGUCCAAUACAUUUUUAAUUAUUGGUUAGGAAUGAGAGGAGAGGUGUUGUUAUCAAGACCGUCACAUUUAGCUAACGACUAUUAGACCUAACCAAAUAAAAAUCACAUCAUUUCAAUUCCCAUUAACCUAAAUUCAAGUGUAGUGAACGCCAAGAAUCUAACACCCUAUCUACAUUACUAUAUAAACCCAAAAUUAAAAGCAAUGUUUUCACUAAUUGUGUGUCAUUCUCGUGUAAUUAUGGAGAGAGAAAAUGGUUGUAGAACCGUCUUAGGUGGUCGUGCGGAGAUAGACACGAGACCACCGUUUGGAUCCGUGAAAGAAGCUGUGGCUUUGUUCGGAGAGAAAGUUUUAGCCGGAGAGGUCUAUGCAACUAGGUUUAGAGAGGUAACUCAUAUUCGAACAAAGUCAACGCCUUGUCCUCAACCAAGAUUACGGUCGCUAAAACUCGAGCUCGAGCAGACGAAACAUACUCUUACAAGAAUCCUACAACAAAACACCAUCCUCUCCAACCGGAUUCAAACCCUAACACAAGAACUCGAACAUGAGAGGAAAGAAAUUCAACGACUCAACAUGAUAAGGUCAAGUCUCCUAGAGAAUCCAGAGAUCGAGGAACUCAAGUUCGUGGAACAUCAUCAAACGAGGACGUCCAAAGAUGUUGAAGAAGAGAUUGUAACGAUGGAGGAGUUUGAAAAGAGGAGACUGGUCACGUUCGCGAGCUCUCCUCUGCUUACACGUGUGAUGUCAAGCGUUGAGGAGGAGAUGAAGGAGAAAGAGAAGGUUUUGGAAAGGGUUUCUUCGGUGAAGAAGAUGAAACCAAAGAGGGGGUUCGCUAUGUUCAAGGGAUGGUUUAGAGCAACCGGUGGAAGAGACUGAUCAGUCUCCAAUAAUGCAUACUGUUAUAUGAUAUAGUUAAAUUUGAUGAUGAACUGAUGUGUAUCAAUCUCGCUUUAAGAUUUUUUUUUUUUUUUUUUUUUGAAACUUAAAUGAAUAAAACUUUUAUG